AUGGACUGCCACGUUGUGAGUACAUGCUUGAAAUUAAAUGUAUUGUGUAAUAUAUUGAACUAAUAUCUAACAAGUAACCACACAAAACUAUUCCUUUGUUACAGCUUUUUAACAGAAUUACAGCUUUUUUAUAUUAUUCUAAUUGGAUUUAUUAAAAGGCUUUUAUAUAUGUGUUGACAGAGCUUUAUAUUUUAGGAACCCUCAGAAAAUCAUUUGUUUCCUUGUUAUGGUCUUUUGGCUUGCUUGUUUCAUUGAGACUCAGACUAUCAGCCCUGAAAACUCCAGCUGUCUGAUCUACCAGAUGUCCACCUGCUUCAGCUUUCUUCACAAGGCAACUUUCUGCCAAAUUGGUACUAUAUUAUUUGCGUAUGGAUUGGUUGAAAUGCUUUAAAUUGAUACUUUAUGAAUAUCUAUGGUAGGAUGAUAUUGAUAGCCAUAAUGAGUAUAGGUUGUUAAAAGUAUGAGUAUGUUUCUUUUUUUUCAUUGAUUGCAAGUCAUUUGAGCUUAUUGAUAUGACACAUUUAGAGCCUACUGUAGAUGAACCCCUUGAAGAGUUAGAAAAAUCUCACGACGUAACGAAAAACACUCCUGUCUUUCUGCUGCUGUAAGAUAUGCGAAUGUUGGCAUCCUACUCAGCCGUUAGACCUAAGCUAAUGACUGCUAGCUGUAAUGCUAUCUGUAAUAGUGGGUGGUCACACUCCCACACUAAGGGGUUUCACUGAGGACACAUUCAAAUGCAUCUCCUUACAGUGCAGUGGGCUUUCUUUGUUUCGCUUAUGCACCACAUUUUAAAGAGGGGAUGAGCAACUGGUGGGGUGAAGCGGAUGUGUUUGGAUGAUUGCUGACAACCAUGUCACUGUUCUGUAACCACUUGUGAAUAAGGAGAUUUCUACCUCAGCCACCUACCCACCACUCACCAACCCUGCUUUGUGUAUUCUGCCAGUAAUACGCUACAUGGUAUACAAUGGUGCUGUCUUUGUGUUAUGAGAGUGUCAGAGAGAGAGAGAGUCUGAGAGAUCUAAAGUUGAAUUCCCUUCAUGUUCUUCUCACUCUUGAUGGACAGUCUGGCUGACUGUCAACUUUUGAAAUUGUGAAUCACUUUGAAACACACAGGAACAGAGAAACUUAUUUCCUUUCUGUGCAUAGUGUUGAGUGUCAGGUUAAGCAGUUUGGGAACAUCGUUUACAUAGCCGUUAACCCGUUCCAGUUUAGCAAUGGCAGAAGUUCAAGCAAUAGGUGUGAGGAAAAACUCCAGAGAAGAUAGAGCUUCUGUCCGUAGAGUUACAAUGUGAUUUAAGGGCCUUGUAGACUUUUAAGCCCUUGGACCUUUUAGGACCCUGAGGAUGCAAUUGAGGAGGAUAUUUCACUAUCACUGACAACCACAGAGAGCCUGAUAUCCACUGGUGUUGUUCUCAGGCGGUUUUAGUCAUUUUGGGCCCCUAGGCAGAAGUUAAUCUGGGGCCCUUCCUCAUGUUACAUUACCUCAACCAAGCCCCCUCUAAAUCACCUAACUUCUCAGAUAUACUUGUCCUCUUAUAGGAGGAAUGCAGCCAACCCCAGGAAGAGGAGGACAUCAUGGACAUACCUCUGGACGACCCUGAGGCCAACAAGGCAGCUGCCAAGAUCCAGGCUGGCUUCCGCGGUCACAUGACCAGGAAGAAGAUUAAGCCUGCUGACAAGCCUGAGGGGGAGGAGGAGGAUGAGGAGGUGAGCAGCAGUGGUGAGGCUCUCAACGGCAACCAGGGGGAAACAGGUCAGUGACUCUAGUGUCCGCUGACACACACACGUAGACCCAAACCGGUUUAGACUGGUAUUAGCAUUAAUAUCACCCUCAGGACUAUCAGGACUAAUCUGGUGUAGGCCUAUGUCAUCAGUAACAGUUAUAGACAAAUUAUUGCAGUGUAUUUUCAUCUAGUAACUUUCACUUUGGACAUUGGCUGACAAACCAGUUAUGGAUCUGAUGCUUGUGUCCCUGACAUCCCCUACAUUUUGUACAUCCAGAUUUGCACACUAUUAACAACGUAACAGGACAACCAUUUUGUGUCCAUAACAAUAUUAAAUGCAUUUAUUGAUCUGUUUUCAACAUCAAAUGCAUACAUUGUAUGCAUAAUAAUACAGGGAGUCAUAAAGGACCAUCAUUUAACACUGCUUGAAACCAAUUUAAAAGCCAUGCAUUAUUAACUAGGUCUAUUAAAGGUACCUAAUGAGUUAUUUCAAUGUAAGUAAUGUGACACACCAUCCAAUUCUUUAAUCACUCCAUAAAGGCUGCAGUGCCUGAUUGAAAUCUACAGUGGAUGUCUUUGAGGUGAUUAUUAAUGAAUACUCCACUAGUUAUAUUGUCAAAUAGAUGGAUACAUUCUAAUGAGAAAUGUUGAUAACAACUCAGACGUGUGAGAGGGUGUCGGUGCCCAGAACCAUGGCAAAUCUUAUCUAGAUGUUCUGAGAUAGUGUUCAAAUAUAAAGUGAAUAACAUGCCUUUCUAUCUAAUCAACAUCUUUUGGGGUGAAAUAUAUUCAUGGUAAAACUGUACAGUUUGCCAAAUAAAUGUUGAAAGUGGUUUGCCACAAUAUUUUUAUAGUUGAGCUCCAGUAAAUUUUUUGUCAGUAUUUAUUUAAACAUAUCAGCUACUGAAAUGUAACUUUUUUGGUGGGUGACUAAAGCCUCGAAUAUACUUCCAGGAAUCAGAAAGUGUACAUUGCAGCUUAUUUCAAGUUCUGAUUCCAGGGGCAGAGUAUACAACAUUAGUGUGUGUUCAUUUUUGUGUUGAGUGUGUGAAAAAAUGGGACAGGGGUUAGAAUAUUAUCCAGGUCCAGUUGAUUCACCUCAACAGUAUUUGAAUUGGGUUUAGCCCCAUCCUUGAGAAAGACAGAUAAACUACUUUCCAAUGUAAGCCUUCUCUGAGCCUCACCAACCCCCAGCCCAGUUCUUGGUUGCCAAGCAUCUUUAUGUAGCAGUGUUAUUUUUAACACCAGGUGCCUUAUACCGCUGAGACACAGUAGAAUUAAUGUUCCUUGUCGUAGAGGCAUGGGCCCGCUAAAUCUCUCCCUCUUGGAGUAGCCUCUGCUUUUCACUUGGGUUAUUGGUAACGCUUCCAAUGAAUACAGUCUUUAUAAUGCAUUAUAAGGUCAUUUAUAACACCUAAUGCAUUAUAAGGAGGGUAUUCAUAGGAAGUGUUUCACCAGGAUUAAUAAUACCAAUCAAAUCAUUACAGUAUGUUUUCAGUACUAUCAUGCUUAUCACAACCUUUUGUGAGAAAUCUCAUUCUUGCACCUGUCAUUAUAGCCUUGCUACUGUUGGGGGUCAACAUCACUAUGGCGUGUGAGCGAGUAAUGGCAACAUGAAUGCAUCAUUCCAUCUGCAGUGCUAAAAUCUGCUUCUUCUUCGUCUGUUUUAGAAUCGGGAGGAUCAGAAGGAGUAGAGAGAGAUGACACAUCAGUGCCGGAACAGUGA